GUGAUAUUUGUGAGCUCAGUCCCGAGUGUAAAGAGUGUGUUACCUUAUUCCAAACAAAUACAAAAUGUUCCUGCUUGCUUACUUCUGCUGGCUUUGCCUGAUACAUUCUUUUCUGGCGUAUCCUUUGAAUCAAUACAAGGAGACCGAUUUCCAGUAUGGCUCCUUCUCUGGCCAAGCAGAUUAUCCCGAUCUAACACACGGCCUCAGUGAUGCUGAGGUUCGGGCCCUCAAUGAUCUUACCUUGGAAGAUCUUAAGUCCUUGGACCACUUAAUAAACGAACAUAUCAAUCAUAGGGAAGAAGAGAACAAAGCGAGUCUAAGGAGCAUGCAAGGGAGCAAUAAGAACUUUCGUGCUGUGGACCGGGCAUUGAGCGAUGGGUGUCGGGAAGAGAACGAUUGCGACGAGCCACAAACGACGACCUGCAAACCAAAAUCGUGUCCAACAACCAAGCGUUGCAAAACCACUUGUACACCGAAAUGCUCUCGAACCACUAAGCCCGAUUGUGUGCCCAAAACUACUCCCUGCAGCUCCAACGAUGUCUUUGGCAAGUGCCCACAGGUCAAUGAGAAGGUUAAGCGUAAGAAACCCAAAGAGGACAAUGAAUGCGAAUCCGAUGACUUCGAGUGUUUAGCUAAAAAGCGGAUGGAGAAACAUAAGAACAAUUUUCAGGAGCUGAAUUCUCCAGGGAAAUACAUUCCAGCGAAGGAAUUAUCUGGGAUUGAGAAGAUCGGAGAGCAAGUCAUUUCCUCAUUUAAUGACCAGGGCGAACCACUAGACGAAGCCUUACAUUUGGAUUACCCAAAAGAAUCCAGGAUUAUGGAGCCUGCUAAGCUGCAUGAAAAUAUGGCUAAUCAUCACGCCAGUUUUGAAGAUGAACACCAGCAAUCCCAUUGGGAUCAGGCUAACCACAACAUAGAUCAUGAAACGAACUUAAAUCUGGAACAUGAGGUAAACUAUGAACGGGAACAAGAGGUCAACUUAAAACAAGCACCUCAAAUCAACAUGCAGCAGGUAGACUGGGAUAAUUUACACGGUAUUUUGGCCAAUAUUGAUACGUCUAAUUGGGAGAAUUUAGAACAGACUAACUCAGACAAAAUGAAACUAUCAAAUUGGGCUAAAUUGAACCCAGCUAGUUUGGCCAAUAUAGAACAAGCCAAUUUUGACAAUAUGGAUUUGUAUAAUAUGGCAAACGUAGAACAGGGCCAUCAGCCUCAGCUUCGUCAGGAAAAUAAUGACAAAUUUGCGAUGGGAACACAGGCUAAUUUUAAGUCAAAUCAGAAGCAACAGUUUGCGUUUCAUCAGGAAAAUAAGGCCUUAAGCUUAAAGCAAAGUCAUACGGCCAAACUGGAGCAAGGAAAUCUGUCCGCUUCUGAACACCAAAAUCGGGCUAACCAACAGUUACAAAAUCAGCACAGUUUUGAGCCGACUCAUUUCAACAGUCAAAUGCGCGACUAUCAUCAGGCUAACGCCGAUCAGCUUCAUCGUCAGGAUAGAGAGCUUCGAUCAGAGGUUAACUUUCACCCAAGCGGAAAUCAGAUCUCUCGAAAGAGAAAUGCCGAGCAUAAGAACCAGGCUUUUACACAGGGUCAAUCACAUAGGGAGCAGCAAUCGGAGGUCAACUUCAUCCAAGCCCUAAGCAAUGGUCUUCAAAUCAAGCGAAACUAAAUAAGGCUAGACUUCAACCAGCUCAACUUGCGCCUUAUGAAGGACAUCAGCUUUCGCGAAAGAGAAAUUCGAAUAAAGAAAGUCAGGCUCUAAUACCACAAGGUCAGAUACAUAGAGAGCAGCGUGCUAGGAUCAACUAUCAUCAAGGAACUGAGCAAUGGAAUUCUAAUCAGCCUUUAACAAACCAAAGGGAAUUAAAUAAGAGAGAAGGUGAACAACUUGUCUCUUAUAAAGGACAGCUCUAUCAAAAAAGAAAUUCCGAAAUAGAAAGACCUUCUGAGAAGCGAAGUGUUCCAAUGCAAAAAAAAGAACAGGUACAUAAUGAACCACAACAAAUGAAAGCUGAUUUGACCAAGCGGGAAAGUCACUUGGAAGUCGACAGAUUUAUUGCCAGUAGUGCCCGCGAUCCGCCUCGCUAUCUAAAUUCUAUUCAAAACGAUUUAUUCAGAGGGAAAACGAACGUCGUUUGAAGGAGGAUCGCAGCAUGAGCCAAAGCUUGAACCUGGAUAAGUUGG